AUGGACAUUCGCGUUGUAGUGGGCAUAGCUAGCGAUGUUAUCACUAAUGACGAUUGGCCUGGAAGGAAAGGACCAUUGAAAAUCACUAUAUUACAAUAUGAUGAAGAUUUCACGUGGAAUUCUCAAGCUUUAGUUGGCAAACCUCAGAGGCGUCGAAAGAAAACUGCGACAAACUCACCAAAACUCAUCGAACUUUCAAGUUGCACUUAG